CACAAGUGAAGCUGAUGUGGAGGCUGUCAUGGAUAAGUUGUUUGAUGAGCUGGCUCAGAAACAAAAUGAUUUAACUAGACCAAGGAUUCUAAAAGUGCAAGGCAGAGAGCUGAGGCUGAAUAAAGCGUGUGGAACCAUUGCAGACUUCACUUUUGAAGAGCUGUGUGACAGACCUCUUGGGGCCAGCGACUAUUUGGAGAUAUCAAAGCAUUUUGACACGGUCUUUGUUCGUGACAUACCACUUCUUACAAUGGCAAAAAGGACACAAGCUCGUCGUUUCAUUACCCUUAUUGAUACCUUUUAUGAGCAUAAGGUGCGUAUUAUUUGUUCUGCAGUGACUCCUCUCCAAAGCUUGUUCCUGCUAGAACGUGACAAUGGUGAGCUAGAGCACAACAGAGUGUUGAUGGAUGAUUUGGAUUUGAGCCAGGAUUCUGCCAAAGGACUCUCCGUGUUUACAGGAGAAGAGGAGAUCUUUGCCUUCCAGAGGACUGUCUCUCGGCUUACAGAAAUGCAAACUGAACAGUACUGGAAGGAUGGGGACAGAAGCAAAAAAAAGUUGUAA